AUGGCCAUGGCCGCGGUGCCCGGGAGUUCUGCGAGCGGCGCGGCUUUGUCUGGCCAGUUUGGCCACGGCGGCCACGCAGCCACGGCCAUGCCGCGGGUACUUUCGCGCAAACUGCAGCAGCGCUUCCCAGGCUUCCCAUUGGUGCUGGCUUCGGUGCCCUUGAGAUCCAGGUGUAGGCCGCAAGGGCUCUUCGUGUCACGUGAGCAGAGACAUGUGCGGGCUUGGCAGCGGCGGCUGCCAAAUGCGUUGACAAUCCUCCGGAUCUUUGCUGUUGUGCCCGUGGUUGCUUUGUUCUAUGUUCCCUGGAAGCAUGGUCCUGUGGCAUGUUCCUGCAUCUUUGCUGCAGCCUCUGCAACCGAUUGGGUCGAUGGCUACCUCGCGCGCCGCUGGCAGGUCGUCUCGCCCUUUGGCCAAUUCCUCGAUCCUGUGGCAGACAAGCUGCUCGCGUGCGCCGUCCUGGUGUUGCUGCCAACCGCAGCCGCGCAGACGGGAUCUCGGACGGCUGCAUUGCUUGCCAUACCUGCAGUCCUGAUCAUUUUGCGCGAGAUUUUUGCGAGUGCUCUGCGCGAGUGGACUGCAUCCGUUGGUGAGAGCUCUUUGACGAAAGUGGGUAUCUGGGGAAAGCUAAAGACCGCUUUUACUCUCUUUAGCCUGACUGGCCUCCUUGCCACCUGCCGCACUCACUCUAGCGGAGUGUUCAGGGUCAGUCUGUACCUUCUCUACUUCGCCACGGCGCUCGCUUAUGUGUCCGUAGGCAGCUACGUCAAGGCCGCCCUGCCGGCCUUCGUUGCUCGAAGCCAGCACCCGAAAGGAGAACAGCAUUGA